AUGCUGGCCAUGGCACCACGCGCCGCGGAGCUGACGCCUGCGUCGUCCCGACUCCCAUCGCCCGCGCCUCCGUCCUUUAAGCACGCAAAGGUGCCGACCAAUAGUGCGAAAACUAGCCUGAACGAAACCGCCAACCCUGUGUCAAGCAACGGGUUGCUCCCUUUCAAGGCGCAAUGCAAAUCGGCUGUUGUCUUGGUAAACGAGCGCCGCAUUGACUUCGUGCGUGCCAAGAACGUGCGUGUAAUUGGUCGGUUGGACGGCAACUCCAGUGAAACUAAGCCCAAGAAGAAGGAGACAAAAGAAAUCACUAGCAACGACUCGGUGGAGCGCGUACUCGCAUGGAAACACUCGAAGAAGAUCGGCCCGGGUUUCGCCAACUUGGGCAACACGUGCUACCUCAACUCGGUGUUGCAGUGCCUGACCUACACUCCGUGUUUCGCGCAAUUCCUGCUGGACAAAGAGGUUUUUGCUUCCUUUAACAGCGGCGCGUUGCCAUCAACUGGCAACAAGUUCAACAAAAAAUUCGGCAAAAAUGGGUUCAGUGGCAACAGUGGAAAUGCAGGUGGCAACGGCUUUUGUAGUGUGCGCGCCAUGUCCAGACUGUUGCAGUCAGUGCACGGCAACAACGCCGUGCGGGUGUUGCAACCCAAGGAACUGGUGAUGAACGUGCGCCACAUUUCCAAAAGCUUCCGCAUCGGGCGGCAGGAAGAUUCCCACGAGUUUUUCAGGCUGCUGCUGGACUCCAUGCAGCGGUCGUGUCUACGCAAGGCGCACAUCAAGAGCGAAAGCCACUCGGCGGCGUCCACGACGUUUGUGUACCGCAUGUUUGGCGGCAAGUUGAAAAAUCACCUCAAAUGUGCCAAGUGCGGAUUCGUUUCCGAACGAUUCGACGAUUUUCUGGAUUUAUCACUGGAAAUUUCGAAUGGCGUCCACAGCGUCAAAGGUGCGUUGCGCCACUUCACCGCCAUUGAGAAACUGGACGAACGCAACGCGUGGAAAUGCUCCAGUUGCGGCAAACCCAGUCGCGCCGAGAAGGGGCUUUCCAUCGCCGAGUGCCCCAAUGUGCUCAUGAUUCAACUCAAGCGCUUUGACCUCAUGUUUGGCAAAAUUAAACGCCACAUCGAGUUCCCUCGCUCACUGGACAUAGCCUCGGGAAUGAGCAAAAACUGCGAGGAUCGUCGUCGUGGCCGUACUAAGUACGAAUUGCAUGCUGUGCUGGUUCAUGCCGGUUUCUCGACGGACUGUGGCCACUACUAUGCCUUCGUUAAGGGCUCAUCAGGUCAAUGGUACGAAAUGAACGACGACUCUGUGCGAUGGGUGAGUCUCGACACGGUGUUGCAACAGAAAGCCUAUAUGCUAUUCUAUUCGAGGGUGUUGCCUCCUUCAGAACGCCCGAAAUCCAAGGCGAAGGAGGAGGAAGAGGUGAAAGCUAAAGCCAAAGAGGUGGUAAAGGCAGCUAGUCAGGAGGAAAUACCCGAAAAGACGGCUGCGUCCAAGACGGUACUUGCCAAAACCAAGGAACUGGACAUGAACGGGUUCCUUGCCAGUCUGAAGACAGCAGUGGCAACUGAUGACAAACCUAUGGCUGUGACUCCCGCCCAUCACCAGACAGUGGUGACUUUCAAGGUCAAAUCAAAACCGUCGAACGACACGCCAGUCGUUGCACGACCCCGAAUAAAGCGCUCCUUAACACCUACUUUCGGUGGUCGUGUAGGUCGAAUCCAUAGAUUUGGAUCGGCCUCAUGGAAAUCGUGUCCCCGUCUUGUGAUGACGCAAUCGGUUAGGGAAUUCCCAGAGGAAUCCACUGUGGCGUCAAAAACUGUUGCCACUGUUGCAAAAACGUCAGGAAUGACCAAAGUGCCGUUUGACCCGCGGCAACUAAAGAACGUGGGCGUACGCAACGCCGCGUUGUUUGGCCGUGAAGUGGAUAAAUGGACUGGCGAGACCGACGUCGAGUCCUCUGAGACCACGAGCAGCGACGUGGCAGUCGACAGUGCGCUGGCUGCCAAGCACGACCGUGUGCUCAACGCUCUGAAGCAAGAGGAGUGGAAACAGCGUAACGCUGGCCGUCAAGACUAUUGGGAUGAAACUCUCGACAUCGGCAAGGUCAAGAAGGUGAAAAAGCGCAAGGAGUUUGUUGCCAACGAAGGCCGGAAGAACGCUUUCCAGACAGCUCUGAUGCGCAAGAAAAAAGACGCUAAGCGACAGCGCACGGCCUAG